ACGUAACGUAAGGCGGUUUGCGAGCGAGCACGCAUCUGUGACGUGUGGUGUGCUAGUCGGGAAGGAGAGAGGAGAGUGAGAGGCGGUACAGUGACUACGGCAUGGCGUCGCUACCCAACCAGAUCCGCUCCACGGCUGGGGCCGUCCCAGUUCUCAACAAGAAAGGUGAAGUGAGCAUGCAGAAGGUGAAGGUGACGCGCUAUGUCAGUGGUCGUCGACCGGAGUACGCCCCCGAAGAGAGCUCUGAGGAGAGUUCUGAGGAGGAGGAGGGGUUUGGUGAGGGUGUGAGGGCUGGGGAGGAGGGGGAGACCGGGGAGGGGGUGAGGGUGGAGGUGAGGGAGGAGGACUGGAGGGACGAUCCGAGACUAAGGAGGCUGAGGGAGAGACGGGCAAUGGCGGAGACCACCAGUCGGCGUCACAUUCCGGAACCAGAAGUGGUGUAUGAACGAGGGGAAGAGGAGGACAAGGAGGAGGAGGAAGAUGGCGAAGAGGAGGAGGAAGAUGGGGAGGAGGGAGAGGGAGAGGAGAGGAGGAGGGGGCGACAAGAUUAAUGAGGCAUGUCCACCAUAUUGCUCCCAGCAGUAGUGAGAGUGACUCGGAGGAGGAGGAUGAGGAGGGGAUGGAGAGGAGGAGAGAGGUGAUGAGAGAGAGAGCCAGGCGUAAGGCCAUGGACGACGACAUCCUGGAUGUACAGGAUGAGGAGGAGAGCGACAUUGAGGAGUCAUCAGAGUAUGAGGAGUACAGCGAUUCUGAGGACGAGAUGGGUCCAAGGCUCAAGCCUGUCUUUGUACGCAAGGUGGACAGGGUGACGAUCAGGGCGAAGGAGGUGGCAGAGAAGAGAGAGGAGCAGCUGGAGGCUGAGAGGAAGAGACAGGAGGAACUCCGCAAGAGAGAGUCUCAGAGACUGGUGGCAGAUGCAGUGGCAGCAGAGCUGGCAGUGGAGCAGAACGUGUCGUCAGUCGACAAGGUGGUGAACACUGACGACGAAAAUGAGGAGGAGGAGUACGAGGCCUGGAAGGUGCGAGAGCUGCAGAGGAUCAAGAGAGACAGAGAAGAGAGAGAACAGAUAGAGCGAGAGAGAGAGGAUGUGGAGAGGAUGAGAAACAUGACGGAGGAGGAGAGGAGAGAGCACCUGAGACUCAACCCUCGCGUCGUCACCAACAAGGCUGAGAAAGGGAAGUACAAGUUCCUCCAGAAGUAUUUCCACAGAGGAGCAUUCUAUCUGGAUGAGGAGGAUGUUGUACUGAAACGAGACUUUGCUCAAGCCACUCUUGAGGACCAUUUCGACAAGACGGUGCUACCGAAGGUGAUGCAAGUGAAAGACUUUGGUCGUGCAGGAAGGACCAAGUAUACUCACCUCGUUGACCAGGACACCACUCAGUUUGACAGUGCCUGGUCGCAGGCCACACCCAUUGCUCUCAAGUUUCUGGACAAGAGAGGUGGUACCAAGCAGAUCUUUGAGAAACCUUCGCUGAAGAGACGUAAGGUUGAGUGACUCCAUUUCCACCGUCCUGCAACUCCUCACUCUGUCUCAUUCCCGUUUGAUUCUCUCUCGUGAAUCUCAUUAUGUACCACAAUUACUUCUUGCACUUAAUUUUUACCUGCGCAGUCGUUAUCAGGCUAGAUUGUCAAUACUGGUAAAUGCAGGUAGAUUAAAACGUGUAUGUACAUUUUGACUUUGCAUUUGCAAAACACGUGAAAAGAGUUAGCUCCCUCACGAGCUGUGCUCGUAGUUUUCCA